AUGGGAAAGCACAGUACUCAUAAUCAAGUUCUGGGUUCUCUACUUGUGACGAUCUGCAUCAUUUUGCUAUCUUCUUCUUCAUGUGCAGUGAGAAAAACCCUAGCUGCUGCUGAUUCUCCGGCCGAGGGACCGGCGGAGAGGAAGAGAUCUUGGAAAGGCCACGAGCUACCGCCGGAACCCUACAAGGGAUACUACGAUUGGCUGGGCAAGUGCGGCGAGAAGCUGACGGACAAGUGUGGUCAACAGGUGGUGGAUUUCUUGUUCUAUAAGAGGACGCUUGUGAGCUAUGUUUGCUGUGACAAGCUUGUAAAGAUGGGGAAGAAGUGUCACAGAGAGCUGGCUAAGACGCUGGCUCGAUCCCAGGACUUUAAGAAUCAUAAGGCUCAGAUCCUGAGGAGGAGCAAGAAAGCCUGGGAACAGUGUUCUUUCAUUGAGAAGUGCGUCGCCAAGGUGGAAGAAUAG